AUGGCCAAGCAACAGGUCUUCCGUCUGCCCCAACGUAGCUCCAUCCAAAAUCUCCAGGUCUAUCAAGAGGACGUCCAAGUGCCCAACAAUAACGAAGUCUUGAUCAAAGUCAAGAAUGUGGCUCUCAACUUCCGCGACUUUGCUGUAGCUACUGGAAAGUACCCUUUCCCAAACAAAGACAAUGUGAUCCCUUGCUCUGAUCUCUCCGGCCAGGUCGUUUCCGUGGGCAGCAACGUCGACGAUUUCGCUGAGGGAGACAAGGUUAUCGCCUCGUUUGACCUGAAGACACUAUACGGUGCCAUGCCAGAUUGGCACCACAGCCUAGGCGGCUGCUAUGAUGGUGUACUUCGGGAAUAUAUUGUCCUUCCUAGCUCAGCUCUCGUCAAAAUACCUGCUACGACUGAGCUUAGCUUUGCGCAACUCAGUGCGCUCGUAUGUACGGGUACGACGGCCUGGAACGCGCUGUACGGCAAUAAUCCGUUGAAGCCUGGGCAGACUGUCCUUUUCCUCGGUACCGGUGGUGUCUCUAUCACGGGUCUGAUUCUCGCCAAAGCUGCUGGCGCAACCACCAUCAUCACAUCCUCGUCCGACGACAAGCUUGCGCAGGUUCAGAAGAACUACGGGGUCGACUACACUAUCAACUACAAGACCACCCCGGACUGGUCGAAGGAGGUCCUCAAGAUUACGAAGGGUCAUGGUGCGGACUUCAUCCUCGAGAACGGCGGUGCUGGGACAAUCGCUCAGAGCAUCAAUGCUGUGGCGUACGGAGGAAAUAUCGCUGUGAUCGGCUUCCUUGCCUCUUGUACGCAAGAAAGGAUGCCAGACGUUGCAGCUCUUGCAUUGGGGAAGGGUGCAGUAGUGCGGGGUAUCAUGGUUGGCUCGAAACAGCAGCUGGAAGAUGUGGCGCGCUUCGUUACUUCAAAGAACCUUAACAUGCCUGUUGAGAGGGUGUUCGGUUUCUCAAGAGAGGAAGUUAUUAGUGCUUUUGAGUAUCUCGUAUCUGGUCAGCACAUUGGUAAGGUCUGUAUCGCCGUUAGCUAG